AUGCAUCCAGAUUGCCCAAACCCUAUUCAUGGGAGCAGAUGUUGCCCAAGAAGCUUCCAACGCCUUCUUCUGCUCCUUCCAAGGGCACCAACUCCAUCACCACUGCUUCAUCUUCAUCAAUGGUGA